AGUCAAUUUACAUCAUUUCCGGUGACGGUAACCCUAAUGGUGCACUCCAGUGUUUUCAGCUUCAGAACGACAUGAGAUUUACAAUCUUCAAAGUAGCUAGUUAUCAUGAACAGCUAUAGGACGGUUUCAUUGGCUUGUAAUAAUGAUGUUAUAAGGACAUGUAAAGCGGCAAUUCGCUCAGGGAAAACAGGCAGUAUUUGUCACAUAUCAAGGGGAGUAGCAUCCUUGCUCACGCGAGCAUAUGCUUCUGUUCCGAGACGAGAGGAACCACCACCAGUGUCUGAGUCUGACAAGAUACCGAAUCUGAGAGCCAUCGACCUUGCACGCAAAAUUCGCCAGGAGAAACAGAAAGGAAAUGAAACUGGUGGUGGGUCAGACGCGGCUGUCCUUAAUCCGUCGGUGCCAGUGUCCCAACUGCAAAAGAGGGUCAUCGAGCUGCGACAGUUCACUCAGCAGCUACAGAAUGUUCACCCCAACGUUCUUGCAAAGCACCUUCACAGAGGUCUGAUCCUCCCACAUCCAGAGCUCGCCGUCGUUAAUAAACCCUAUGGAGUUUCUGUUCAAGAUGGGUCAAGCAACAAAAACAACAUCUCAGACGUGCUUCCAAUCCUUGCCAAGAUGGUGGAUGGAAUAAGGGCUGGAUCUCGGCUGCACGUCUGCCUUGGAUUAGACAAGGAGACGACAGGGACCCUCCUGCUGGCAAGGACUGAGGAAGCACUGGACUAUGUACAAAAUCUUCACAAAAACCACCAAGUGGAGAGGAAAUAUUGGGUUGUUGCUGUGGGCGUGCCUGUUCCCUCUGAGGGAGUGAUUGACAUUCCCGUCAUAGAGAGAGAGGUCACAGGGGCUCAGCCUCACUUUAAGAUGGGCCUGAGUCCUGUGUACAGGGUGAGUGACGGGGGCGAGGGAGUGACCAAAGUGCGGGCCAAUCGGCAGGCCCAGGGUGCCGUGACUCAGUACCGUGUCCUGGACAGCAGCAACGGCUGCAGCCUGGUCGAGCUCCAGCCUAUCACAGGGGUGAAGCACCAGUUGAGGGUCCAUAUGGCAUACGCUCUGGGAUCUCCUAUCCUCGGAGACCACAAAUACUCCCACUGGACCAAACUGGCACCUCAGAAACUGCCAGAUGGUGUGUUGCGGAGGCUGGGACUUGAACAGAGCAAGGCGCGUUAUCUGCCUCUCCACCUGCAUGCCCGUCAGCUGACACUGCCAGAGUUCAAAGGUCAGAGUGACAUUAAGGUGUCUUGCCCCCUGCCAAAGUAUUUCACCAGCACUUUGCGACGACUGCAGAUCCCGAUUCCAGAUGAAUGAUGCUUCAGCGCAGUGCAGACAGGAUACAGAAGACUUGCUUCUUGCUUAUGAAAUAUGGAGCAGCAUCACUUCAAGGGACCCUUGGCCUCAUGGUUUAAGUUUGUACCUGGACUGGGAAUUAACUGUGUGUGUGGCAAAUAAAAUAAACAAAACCAUUUUCUUCCUAA